CUGAAUGGGCAUGCAGUGCACAGCCGUGCCGUUUUAAACACAGCCCAUGUGACUGCGCGAGCAACACAGAAACCACGUGAUCUAGUGUCAGUUUGGAAUGGCUGCCAUCGUUCUCUGUGUUCCUGCGCCGUGUGAAAAUGGGAUUCUCCAUGCGCCUGUCUGAAACAGACAAAUCUAUCCACCAUAAAGACGUUAAGAAGCAUCUCAAUAGAUCCGACGUGAUAGCUCAGAGCGUCUGGAGAAGGCCAGCAUGCUAUUCUUUCAGUUACCAGAGGAUGUUUUGUACCUAAUCUUAUCGUACCUGGACUACAAAUCGCUAUGUCGCCUCUCUCAAGUCUGCAGGAGAAGCCAUCAGUUCACUGUCCGAGACGUCGUGUGGAGAAGAAUAGCGAGACACUUUAUCAACACUGGAAUGACACGGGAAGGAAUAGACAUAUACCCUGCCAUUGCACUAAAGGACAGAGUGAAGAUUUCCCAAAAUUGGAGUCAUGGAGUUUGUCGUUACAACGUCCUCCUCAAGUGGAAGAUUAACUUGUUGCCGUGGCUACAGCUGGAUGGAGAUGUGCUGUAUCUUUCUCAGGCAGCAGACAUUGGCGUUUAUGAUCUCAGGGGGUCUGAGAGAGGGUUUCAGCAUAACAGGGUGGACGUUUUUACAGGACAUGAAGAAGACGUGUGUCGAUUCGCAUUGACGGACGCACAUCUCGUCAGUGCUGGAGGGGAUGGGAAGAUCACGGUCCAUUAUAAAAGCCGUGAUUAUUCUGUGGAGUAUUAUGGCCAUAACCAGGAGGUGAACUGUAUUGACUGCAGGGGAGAAUUGAUAAUUAGUGGCUCUAGAGACAAGACUGCUAAGAUGUGGUCAUUAAAUUCAGACCAGUUGGGAAAAUGUCUUCAUACCAUCCGUACUUAUGACAGAGUGUGGUCAGUGGCCAUCAGUCCCUCUCUGUGUACAUUUGUAACCGGGACAGCAUGCUGUGAAAAUUAUGCCCCUCUUCGGAUAUGGGACACAGAAAGGUGUGACCUGGUGACAUGUCUUGGCACAAAUUUCCGCAGAGGUGCAGGUGUGUUGGAUAUUGUGUAUGAGUCUCCCUUCCAGCUCCUCACCUGUGGAUAUGACACCUUCAUCCGCUACUGGGAUCUGCGUGUCUGCUCCAGGAAGAGUGUGAUGGAGUGGGAGGAGCCUCAUGACAAUGCACUUUACUGUAUAAAGACUGAUAAUAAUUAUAUGGUCGCCAGCGGUUCCUCCUACUACGGAGUGGUGCGCCUGUGGGACAAACGACAAACUCGCUGUUUGCAGAUGUUCCAACUCGCCUCCAACACCAGUAGUCCAGUGUACAGUCUGUGCUUCAAUGCCACUCACCUGUAUGGCCUCGACUCUGCACUAUACUCACUGGACUUUAGAACUUCAGGGCCCAGGCCCAAGAGAUAAAACAGCUCACUUACAUCUCUCUCUCUCUCUCUCUCUCUCUCUCGCUCUCUCUCUCACUCUCUCGCUCUCUCUCACUCUCACUCACAGUUACAUGUGCCUUGACUUUUAAGUGCAUAUCACACAACUUCAACACCUUUUUCCUCCAGGUCUGACAUCAAGCCUUUGACCUUUUGCCCUUCCCAAAACCUUAGCUUUAGAACUUCAGGAACCCCAUUAAAAUAUCUGUACCUAGUGUGGCCUUGGAUUGGUGCCACAGAUAGUAGCAGAUAGUUGUCAUUUCUUCACUAAUCUGUGUCGCUGGCUGUUGAGAGGAGCGGAGGGAGCAGGGUUCGUGACCUCCUGUGACCUAAGCUUUAACGGAUUUAACACAUUGCCAGCGACCUGUGGGAUUAUAAAACAAACACUGCUCAGAGCUGCCCGAAUGCCCAAUGGGUAUUUAUGCUGAAGCGCCUACAGUACAAGAACUUUUCUUUCCUGCUGUGUUUUAGCUGUUUUGGGUUUUGUUAUUUUGCAAAGGAAAAAAAAAAAGAAUUCAAAUAAGUUGGCUUAGCAUUGUGUUUUUUAUUUAUUUUUCUGGUCAGAGACAUUAAGAGACAUUGUAAAGCUGUUGCUUUUAUUCAGCAAUUGUUCUGUUUAAUGCCACUUUGGGCAAAUAAAGAUUUUAUACUGUAAACAAA